GCUGAUAUUUAAUUUCCAGUACAUAAUAAAUAAAUCCUAAAUUAAUAAAAUCAUAACUAAAAAUCCAUUUUUAAUGAAUUAUUUAUGAGUGGCUUACAAAAGCGCCGGUUAUCUUAUCAAAUUUAUAUCAAUAAACCUGGACUUUCAGUUUGCCUAGUUUUUAUCGCUUUUAAAAACGACUCUUAGAAGUAGCAUUUCAAAAUUUUCCUGUUCCUUAAAGAAACUCUUAUUUGUUAUUGAAAGUAAAAAGAUUGAAAAUAUGGCCAAAAGACAACUGCUUUUGCUCUCUUCGUCGGCCGUACAUGGAUUUGAAAUCUUUGAUUUUGCCAAGGAUGAAGUCAAUGACCUAUUAUCUGGAAACAAAGUAGAUACCGUCCUAUUUAUCCCAUAUGCCUUAAAAGACCAUGAAGCAUAUUUGAAGAAAAUGGCAGUACCAUUUACGAAAUGGGGAUACACUUUAGAAGGAAUACACAACUGUGAGGACCCAGUUCAAGCAGUAAAUAAUGCCAAAACCAUUUACAUCGGUGGAGGAAACACUUUUCGCCUUUUGAAAGCUCUUUAUGACCUAAAACUUAUUGAGCCAAUUAGAAAACGCGUUCUGGAACAAGGAAUUCCUUAUAUAGGAUCUAGUGCAGGUACUAAUGUGGCCACUGUAAGCAUUUCGACGACGAACGACAUGCCGAUUUGUUAUCCUCCCACGUUAAAGGCUCUGAAUUUGGUGCCUUUUAAUAUUAAUCCUCACUAUCAGGAUCCAGAGCCAGAAUCUAAACAUAAAGGGGAAACAAGAGAGGAACGGAUUUUACAGUAUUUGGAGGAAGAAGAUUCGUAUACGGUUCUGGGUUUGAGGGAAGGAACGAUGUUGUCCGUUAAAGGAUACAAUGCGGUACUACGGGGUAUCAAAAGUUCGGGAGCAAGGCUGUUUGUAAAGAACCAACAGCCGGAAGAGAUUGAAAUAGGUGCAGAUUUGAGUCGUCUAUUAAAGGGAGAUAAAAAUGGCGAAUCGUGUAAAUGUUUGCAGUAAUAGCUUAUAACAAAAUAUACACUGUAUUUUAUAAAAA